AUGGCCGAAGCUUGUCAGAUAGCUAGGAAACAAGAUUUGCCUCCUCCGGGAGGCUACAAACCAAUUCCUUUUAAAAGAGUGCCUGCUAAAACAUACUUUAGCGGUUACACUCUCUUCGCUGGUUACAUUGGUGUGACUAUUGGGGCAAUUUACUUGUAUAACUUAACGUUAAAAAAGGUGAAAAAACAUGAAAUUGAAAUGCGAUCUGCGAAAAUGGCCAUUUAUCCUAUGUUGCUGGCGGAAAGAGACAGGGAAUAUCUGAAACAACUUAGAAGAAACCGCGACGCGGAGGCUGAACUGAUGCGUGAUGUGCCUGGCUGGGAGGUUGGAACUUACUAUGGUGAGCGUAUAUACAAGCUGGUGCCUCCUGAUGCACUUGUAGAACCAAUCUUCCAUGAAUACUAUGCUCACUCAUCUCCUACUGAGUGGUUUAAGAGGGCAUACAUCAAGCUACGCUCUUAA